AUGUCUUCCCAUUGCCUCUUUCAUUUUCCUCCUUCAUCUUCACAAUCAUCACAAUUCUUAAACCCUAAAUUCAAAAGAUUUCCAAAACCCUACAAAUUACGUUCAAUCUCUUCACGAAUUCAUACACCUGAAUCCGAAAAUGAUGAAAAGGACAAAAUCCCUAACAACAACCAUCUCAAUUUCCUCAACCUCUCCGUAACUCUCACUGUUAUCUCCGCUUCACUCCCCCAACUUUCUGCCGCUUCCGCCGCCGUUGCAGUAAAGGGUAAGAAGCGUUCUACCAAGAAAGUCAAAGCUUUAACUGCGGAGGAGCUCAAAUUAUGGAUGGAAGGGCUUCCGGAUGUUUCAGAACGCAUUCCUUAUACAGAAAUUGUUGAAUUGAAGAACACUGGUAAGCUGAAACACAUAGUGAAACCUUCUACUGCGGAAUUGAGGGAACAUGCUGUGGCAGUUUUUGUUGUUUUGGAGGAUUCUAGAGUUUUCAGAACAGUGUUGCCAUCAAUUGAAAGUGAUGGAAAAUUUUGGGGUUUAUGGGAGGACUUGAAUGUUGAUUCUAUAUGUGUGAAUGCCUAUUCGCCACCUCUUAAGACUCCGGAGGUGCCUCUUCCUGUGUUGUUUAGGAUUUGGAUGGCUCUUCCACUUCAUAAGCCUGUGGCUUCGUUUGUAAAUAGGUUUCUUAAGCCGAAGAAGAAAUCGAAGAAGGAGUUGGAGUUGAGGAAAGCUAGGAUGGAGUUGCAGAGGCAGAAGAAAGAGGAAGUGACGAUGAUGGAGAAGGAGAUGGAGAUGAUAGAGAAGGAAGCGAGGAAUGAUAAGAGAGAGAAGGAGAUAGCAAAGAGAGAGAAAAGGCAGAAAGAGUAUAGUCAAAGAAUGCUUGAAGUUAAGAACAGUUCGAUUAUGAGUGCUGAGUUUUGGGAUCGAAUGGGAAGGGAUAAACUUUUGGCUAAUGCACUUGGAGUGGUUUUUUUCUUGAUUUUUUAUAGGACUGUGGUGUAUAGCUAUAAAAAACAGAAGAAAGAUUAUGAGGACAGGGUUAAGAUUGCGAAAGCUGAUGCUGAGGAGAGGAAGAAGAUGAAGGAAAUGGAAGCCAAAAUGGGGUGGACUGAUGCUGGUGCUGAUGAUGAUGAAGGUCAGCCAGGGGAAGUAGAGGAGAAUUAUUAUUUGAAAAUGACAAAGCAGUUUAUGAAAUCAGGGGCACGAGUUCGAAGAGCGCAGAAAAAAAAGCUUCCUCAGUAUCUUGAGAGAGGCAUCGAUGUGAAGUUUACUGAAGUUGCCGGUCUUGGUAAAAUACGGCUUGAACUUGAGGAGAUUGUCAAGUUCUUCACUCAUGGAGAGAUGUACCGAAGGAGAGGAGUGAAAAUCCCAGGUGGCAUUCUUCUUUGUGGCCCUCCUGGAGUGGGAAAGACAUUGCUGGCAAAAGCCGUAGCUGGUGAGGCAGGGGUUAAUUUCUUCUCUAUUUCUGCUUCACAAUUUGUGGAAAUAUACGUUGGUGUUGGGGCUUCUCGUGUUCGAUCACUUUACCAAGAAGCCAAGGAAAAUGCUCCAUCUGUUGUCUUCAUUGAUGAGCUGGAUGCUGUUGGAAGGAAGCGUGGCUUGAUUAAAGGUUCAGGUGGACAGGAACGUGAUGCUACUCUUAAUCAGCUCCUGGUGUGCUUAGAUGGAUUUGAAGGAAGGGGAGAUGUGAUCACUAUUGCAUCCACAAACCGACCAGACAUUCUGGAUCCAGCACUUGUAAGACCGGGUCGGUUUGAUCGGAAAAUAUUUAUCCCGAAACCCGGUUUAAUUGGGCGCAUUGAAAUUCUAAAGGUCCAUGCUCGUAAAAAGCCAAUAGCUGAAGAUGUAGAUUAUGAAAUUGUUGCUAGUAUGACUGAUGGAAUGGUUGGUGCAGAGCUAGCCAACAUAAUUGAGAUUGCUGCUAUCAAUAUGAUGCGAGAAUCAAGGACUGAGAUUACCACCGAUGACUUAUUACAAGCUGCUCAAAUGGAAGAGAGAGGAAUGCUAGAUAGAAAAGAGAGAAGCAAAGAGAAAUGGGAACAAAUAGCUAUAAAUGAAUCUGCAAUGGCUGUUGCGGCUAUGAACUUGCCUAAUUUUGACGAUAUUGAAUAUAUCACAAUUGCACCUAGAGCUGGCAGGGAAUUGGGUUAUGUUCGAGCGAUACUGGAUUCUGUCAAAUUUAGCGACGCAAUGCUCACUCGGCAAUCCCUCUUUGAUCAUAUUACUGUUCAACUAGCACCACGUGCAGCUGAUGAAAUCUGGUUUGGGAAAGAUCGGUUGAGUACAAUAUGGGCCGAAACUGCAGACAAUGCUAGGUUGGCAGCAAGAAUGUACUUGCUUCUCGGGCUUUCUGAUAAAUAUCACGGCGUAUCCAAUUUCUGGGUUACAGACCGAAUUAAUGAAAUUGAUUUGGAAGCAAUGAGGAUUCUAAAUUUGUGCUAUGAACGUGCAAAAGAGAUCCUGCAGCAAAAUAAAACUCUCCUUGAUGCUAUGGUGAAUGAACUUGUUGAGAAGAAAAACUUAACCAAAGAAGACAUUGUUCAUCUUGCACAGUUGCAUGGCCAUACAAAACCAGUGCCUGUUAGUCUAUUUGACAUCAGGGAAGCCAGACUUAGAGAAUUGCAAGAAAUGAGUAGUAAGUGA